AUGCAGGUAGCAAGCUUGCCUGGGCCCAUCAUCCUAAUCGGUCAGUUGCCGGCGUAUGGCUUCUCAUUUGAAAAAGAGGAAGUGUACAAGUACGGCAGCCACGAAGCCCUGGACGACGAUGACCAAGACUCGCUAGGUGUAAGCUCCGAAAACGCCUCCCAGCGGCUGCAGCGAACACGCUUCGCUCUGAAAACCAUGGGCAGCGCCACAACUGGCAGCGCCAUUACCACAGCAGGACUGCUUUUCUUCAUGGUCGAUGCUCUUCCAUGUGCAAACUUUCCUAGGCAACCUAGAACUCACAUGCAGUUGCGCCUGUGA